AUGGCUGCUUCAACAAUUCUUCAAGUUUUAGCAUCUCCACUUCUUGGAACUGUAUUUGACAGCCUAAGAUCCCUAGUGGAAACCGAAUUCAGUCUAAUUUCUGGAGUCAAUGGAGAGUUCAACAUUCUGGUCGCUGUGCUAUCAACAAUGAAAGAUGUGAUCGAGGAUGCUGAAGUGAAGCAACUUACGGAAAAACCAAUACGUAACUGGUUGAGGAAGAUCAAAGAUGUUACUUAUGAUGUUGAAGACUUCUUGGAAGAGUGCAAGACCGAUGCUGUUUUAAGACGCUCGCCGCAGUUGAGCUAUAAACAUCUAUCCCUUUGCUUACUGCUCUAUGUUUCCAAAGGAUUACUUGAUGAGAAAAGAAGAAUUAUUUUUCUUGUGGAUGGCCAAUGGUUUUAUGCAAUCAAAAGUAGGAAUAAUGGAUCUUGA